AGUGCGAAGAUGUCUGGACGUGGAAAGGGAGGGAAGGGUUUGGGGAAAGGAGGCGCCAAGAGGCACCGGAAGGUGUUGCGCGACAAUAUCCAAGGAAUCACCAAGCCGGCCAUCCGCCGCUUGGCCCGCCGAGGGGGCGUCAAGCGCAUUUCGGGGCUCAUCUACGAGGAAACCCGGGGGGUCCUGAAGGUCUUCCUGGAGAACGUGAUCCGCGAUGCCGUCACUUACACCGAGCACGCGAAAAGGAAGACCGUCACCGCCAUGGACGUCGUCUAUGCCUUGAAACGCCAGGGACGGACCCUUUACGGCUUCGGCGGCUAAAACCUAACUUCGGGAAAAAUUCCAAAAAAGGCCCUUUUAAGGGCCACCCACUUUGUCAAUGGAAAGAGUUGCGAUGAUACUUCGUGGUGGGGCUAAUGGCUGUAAAAUAAGCGUGGUUGGGGUUGUAACUGUUAACGAGAUUUGAAGCUACGGUAUCACGGAAAAAUCUUUU